UGAUGGGUGGUGCUGCAACACUUUCAGGAAACAGUUGUGAAAGUAAACAGCAGAUCCUGAAGCUGGACAGUCUGCCGAAGCGCUGACCGAUAAUAACGAGGGGCUACAGUCACAAGAGCGGACAUGGAGAGUGCUUACGGUGCAUCGCUGGCCGGAGGAGCCUUUGACAUCUGGAGCUUUGUGAAACGACCUCAGACUAUCGUCCGGCUGCUCAGCUGGCUCUUCUCCAUAGUGGUGUUUGCUACCAUCCUCUCUGAAGGCUACAUGAACGACCACCGUGUAGACGUCACUAAAUGCAUGUUCAAUGAGAAUGACGGUGCUUGCAGCUAUGGCAUUGGCAUUGGGAUUUUAGCUUUCCUGGCCUGUGUUGUCUUUAUUGUGCUGGAUGCCUACUUCCCACAGAUAAGCAAUGCCAACGAGAGAAAAUUCAUCGUCUUGGCUGAUCUUGGUUUCUCUGGUCUGUGGACGUUCCUGUGGUUUGUGUGUUUCUGCUUCCUUGCCAAUCAGUGGUCUUACACUACUCAGACCGCAGUGAUCGCUGAUGCAGCUCGAGCUGUGGUGACCUUUUCCUUCUUCUCCACGGUCACCUGGGCCGCGCUUUCUGUGUUUGCAUUUCAACGAUACCGCCAAGGAAUGGGCGAGAUUGGCAUGGGCUACAAUGAUCCAGCGGGUGACCCAACUUCCCCAUACCCUACUGCAUACGCUGGUGCUCCACAGGGUUACCAGCAGUCCCCAUUCAGCGCCGGCUCUGCGGGACAGGGAGAGUACAAGCCUCCAGAGUACUGAGGGUGAAGGCAUUUUAACACUUCUGAGAGGCUCGCCACUGUGGACUGUGUUUUUUCCUUAUUCAUAAGAGUUUGAAUUGUGACCGGGGAUUUGGUGUUCUUUGCUAGUGUGUAUUUUCAGGUUUGGAAAAACAUAUUUAUUUUUAUUUAGUUUUUGAUGCAAAUUCUAAACAUGACCCUAAUUGUAAAAGAUCUUUGCACAUCUGCAGAAUUAUCUUGCUAGGUUUUUUUUUUUUUCUUUCCAAAUUAGUUUCUGAAAAACAGAUUCAACACCAGCUGCAGUUUUUAUGAAAUCGAUGGAAUUUGCUUUAUUCCAUGUCUUCGAAUGCACAAUCAGAUAAUGCAUGAAAAUCUACAGAACUGACGUGCCUUAAAAGUAGAGUUGUUUCUAUAUACAGAACCAAAAUCUAGACGAAGUUCUUCAUAUGCAGAUAAUAGAAAGUGAACAGACUCUGUGCCAAAUACAUUACUGAGUGAUUCCUUAAAAGCACUGCUUUGCCAUAUAUCACAUGAAAAGUAUGCACUAAAUCUAUUGCCAAAAGGCUUUAUUAACUUCAGUCUUGAGUCUAGUGAAGAUAACUGUUGAAUGCUGAGAUUGAGGUUGUGAGAAAUGAGUAAACUACUGUAAAUGUGCUUUAAUUUCAUUUUUGACAGACCGUAGGCUUUUUUGUGGAUAAGCCUUAUUUUUUUGUAAACUUUAAGCACCUGAGUUUUGAAGUAUUAAACAAUCAUAUAAUGUAAUAUUGUGGAUGACUUCUAGCAGUUUAGCUUUUAAUGUUCUUUUAUGUCAGGCCAAAUUCACUGGAAGAUUUCUACCUCUUACUAUUGAAAUUGUGCCUUAUCUUUGAAAAGAAUAUCUAGCAAUCGGCUUUGAUCUGAAGGAAUUUAUAUUCGUGUAUUUCUGCAUCGACUAUUUUAGACCACUUUUACCGUUUUCUUCAUUACCCUCGAAUGAAUAAAAAAAAAACUAGAAGAAAUAAUCAUCCGAACUGAAACUCUUUUCAGUAUGGUAGUUUUGUUCACACAGUUCUGUAAUAGCACAUGAUCAUUGUGUCUCUGUUAAUUUACUUUGCAACUGUUUGUUUUGUAAAGGAAGGUAUUGCAACAUUCUGGUUUUGUAAGGAAAUGCCGCACAAUAAACACUUGAUUCUUUCCAGUGUUAACUGA